UCUUAUACCAACUACUAAACACCAACGAAGUUCCCAUUCAAUCCGCGCGCAAAGUCUUAACGCGACGAAAUAGCUCCAGAAUCGGCAUAUAAAUACUAUACAUAUCAAAUAAGCAACACGCGGGAAGAUACGAAAUGGAUUACCAGAACCGCGCCGGUUCCAAGUUCGGCGGCGGUGGUGUCGCCUCUCACAGCGCCACCAACGCCGACCGACGAGAGCGUCUACGGAAGCUCGCUCUCGAAACAAUCGACCUCGACAAGGACCCUUAUUUCUUCAAGAACCACGUCGGCUCAUUCGAAUGUCGCCUAUGUCUAACCGUGCACCAAAAUGACGGGUCCUACCUCGCCCACACCCAGGGCAAGAAACAUCAGACGAACCUCGCGCGCCGCGCCGCCCGCGAGCAGAAAGAAGGCAAGAGCCAGAUCGACCCCAACACGGGACUGCCCGUCGGCGUGGUGGGCGCGGGCUUCGGGGCGGGCAUGGUGCGGCGCAACGUGGUCAAGAUCGGGCGGCCGGGGUACAAGAUCACGAAGGUGCGGGACCAGGUGACGCUGCAGCAAGGGCUGCUGUUCCAGCUGCAGUAUCCGGAGAUCGCGCAGGACGUGACGCCCAAGGUGCGGUUCAUGAGCGCGUUCGAGCAGCGCGUCGAGGAGCCGCCCGACAAGAACUUCCAGUACAUGCUCGUGGCGGCGGAGCCGUACGAGACGUGCGGGUUCAAGCUCCAGGCGAGGGAGAUCGAUCGCUCGGGGGACCGGUAUUGGACGUGGUGGGACGCGGAUUUGAAGGAGUUCUGGAUCCAGGUUAUGUUUUUGACGGAGAGGGAGGAGAGGUAUGUUGGUGUGCCGGGGUUGCCGGGUCGGAGGUGAUUGGGUUGUGUUGGGGUUGGAGAUCGAUUCUAUGAGUGGUGUGGAUGAGGUGAAUACCCAGUAGUAUUAGGGAAGAUUGGAGAGACGAGUCGUGCAAAAGGGGGGAAAUACAGUCGAGGUGAUAGUCUGGUCUCGACGAUAGUUCUACGCUUUCUCGACCACUUUCCCAAUCAUGUUAAGCCUCACUCUACGAUGGCUGACAUCCGACAAAUUCGUUCCCUACCUGUGUAAGUGGCUUGUUCGAGGGAUACCCUUGAGAGGAUAUGGGUGAUGCUAUUAUGUACUAAUACGAAAUAGACUUACGUCGAUGAUAUUUAAUACGUCGUUUUUAAGGCCUAGGGAACAGCAACUAGAUAAUAAGAAUGAUAUCUAGCAGUACUUACGACGAAAAUGCAUUUAAUGGAGUCAAAAAUCCUGUUCCGUCUUGAAGUAUACAUAGGUACCUAGGCAACUUGUGUAUUGAAUAGGUGCAGUGUUAUCUCUAAGCCUGUUGCAGGGGUAACACAUUCUAGCCGCACGGGAUCUUAUAAAGGUCCUGUUAGACAUUACUAUCUAUCGGACAU